GAAUUUUCUAAUAAAUUUUCUUUUUUUAAAAAAAACUUGACAUUUUUUUUAAAAUGUCAUAAAAAAUGUGUUGUCUCUGAGAAAUUAUUUAGCGUUAUUAGAAAAUAGAAUAAAUGCCUUUUACAAAUAGAAUUUACUUAUAUUAUUGCAGCCAUUAUAUUGAAUUUUUUUUCUUAUGCCAGGUGGAGGGAGCCCCUCAGCUGCCCAGAGGAAUCAAUCUGCUUGGUUUUGAAGUCAAGGAACAAGGAGGAAAGAAGGGCACUAUCCAGUUCUAAUAAUACUUGUCUGACAUUCUUUUGACUCUUAACAGCCACUCCACUCAACUCACUCACACAUGUACUUGAUUUUUUAUUCUGUUUUUCCCUCCUUGAAUUAAAACUCCAAGGUUCUUGCACCAUAUUGUUUCCAAGUGCUGAAUACCAGCAGGAGCCAUUUGAAGUUUGUUUGUAAACAACUAAAAGUGAGGACUUGUUUCCAUGGGAGUUCUGUUUGAACCUGAACUUGCAUUUAUCUUUCAUGUAUUUUAAUAAAUAUAUCAUGUUAUUUUUUACUUCAUCUGAAUAUUAUAUUAUGAUGUUUUUGUCAAUUUUGAAGUGUAUCCAAGGAUGAUGGUGAAGAGAGAAGAACAAAAUGACUCAUUUACAUUGCCAUAUAACAGCGACUCUAUUCCACUUCCUAAGAAUGUUUCCCAAUCUCCUUCUUUACUUGAUUCCACUGCGAAAGAAAAUCAGAAUGACUCUCUGCCAUCAGGUGACAAAAUUCCAAAACCUUAUGUCCAAAAAUUAUCAAUGACAUUGUUUCCUCUCUCCAAAGGGCCAAAGAAGAACAGCAGACAUACCAGAGAGCUCCAAGAAGAUACCAAACUACCUAUCAGCUCUAGUUCCAUUCUGCGUCCUCGUGCUGUUGUAUCUAGUCCCGACAAUGAUAAGAUGAUCGGAAACCAAAACAAGGUAAUUAGCAAAAGGCCAUUGGCUUUAAAGAAACAAAGUUUGGAGCAAUACUCUACCUCACAAGUUAACGCCAUCCAUGAUAAAGCAGCAAGUCCUUUAAGCAUGAGACUAAACACAAGGGAAGCUACUCAAAGUAAGAGUGAUCAUAAGCAAUGUAAUUCGACUAAGCCAGCAGUUUCAACACAGAAAAGAAGCAUUACCUUACAAGGGGAAACCAAACUGCAUGACGACUUAAAUAUGAAGUAA